UUUUGAAAUUUGAUUUGAAUUGACCGUUAGACGUUGAUGUUGUGAUUUUUAAUUUUUAUUGUUAUUUGUUUGUAAAUAAUAAUUAGAUACUGAUCUUUUUAUUAAAAUAAAUUAUUUAUUAUAAAAAAUGCCACAAAUGCAUAGACAGUUAAAAAUCACAAAGUUAUUUCGAAAAGGCGCUAAUACAAGACAAACUGAAGAUUAUGAGGAGCUACAACAAGUGCAGAAAUUGGAAGAAAAGCUGCGGGAGAAACAGAAUGAACUGUUUCAAAUCCAAAGAAACAACUGUAGGAGAAAAACUGCUCCUCCAAAACCAAAAUCAAAAGAUUCAGAAUUUGUCAAACCACAGAAAAUAAUUCUAACAACUUCAGUAGAGAUAUUAAAGAAAAACGUAGAACUGAUGUCCAUGCUGACAGGAGUGGAGGUGCAGUCUUAUGUGGCAGACGACCACUGCUGUGUGGUGUUCCACAUGCAUCACAAGUCAGAUACAUUUGUCAAACAUGGGCUCAGGAUUGAUAUGCAUUCUGAUGGCAAUGAGAUAUCAAAGUCAACAAUGCCAGUUGGGUUCAAUCUAAUAGCAGUUAUUGGAGAGUUUGACAAGAUCACACGGCCACGGUGUCUGGGCGCUAUAAGGAGGGCACUUGUGGCAUAUUAUGAUAGAUUACAUCAAUAUGACGCUCUUAAGGACUUUCUGAAUGUUGAAGCGAAUAUGUUCAAAAAGCUUGAUGGCUCCUACAUAGAGAUAUCAUUCUCAGUCCAAAGUCGUGAUGAAGAAGAUGAACAAAUUCAAGCAACUCUUAUGCUGGACUACAGGGUUUAUGAUGUUAGACCCAAGACAUUCUGCUUCAUGGAAAAUGAGAACCUCCAAGAUGUGAUGGAGAUACUAAUGCAGCAAUGUCUAGCAUUCAAAAAGAAACCGCUAAAGAAAGCUUUCAAAGAAGCGUUUAUGGAUGACAUCGGACAAUACAGACUUGUUCAACAUGUUGGUGUAAGACGUGAAGAGGAACAGCAAAGGCGUCCGAAGCGCUUCCGACCUAACAAAAACGACUACAAUAACGACGACACCUUCUUACCAGAAGAUUGCUCCGAUCAAAGUGACGGGCAAUGUAGCGAAUGACUUUAACUUUAGCAAUA